GGUACACAUUGCCUAUGUAUCGAGUAUAUCUUUUUUGAGAAUCAUAAGUACCACAUCAGAUUACAUAGAUGAUGAAUAAUAUUUGCUAUCAUUAUAUCUGGACAUUUAUCUUUAGGGAAGUAAAAAAUUUUACCAAUAAAGACAACGCGAGUACUGUCUAGAAACGAGCCUCGUUUUAAAAGCAUCAAGAUGGUGGACAUCAUACUCCAGUCCAUCAAAGUUUUCAUAAAUUGUUCAAUUUGAGCCGAGAUUGCAGGGGUUUUAGGCUAUUCAUAUAUAUGUAUUUUCACUAUGACUUCUCGAAGAAUCAUGGAUAAAGGCAAAUCAAAGGCAGAUUUAGCUGAAAAGGUUAAAGAAAUAAAGCAGCGUCAAAAAAACUGGCUGAAAGAAAGGUCAGUGUCUGCGGAACGGUCGUCAUGUUCUGAUAUGAAGUUGACAACAAAAUCAGAUGGGAAAGAAAUGCCCAAACAACAAAUGGAUCAUAAAUCUAGUACUCAACUACAGGGAUACAAAGCAGCCAGUAGUUCUAGAAACCAAAAUAAUGUAACAGAUAGCACUCAAAGAGCCAUUUCAAAACUGAAUGGUCAUUCAUCAAACACCAAUCCCACUAAAUCUGAAAAUAAAACUAGAUUCAAACAAUGGAUGCGGGCAAAAGAGAAACAGUAUGAAAAUAGUGAUUCUGAAGAGCUUGACCAUUUGCCUAGUGCCCAGUCUGUAUCCUUAAGUUCUCGUUCAGCAACUUCUGUGAAAUCCUAUGAUUCAGCGAGUGAAUCAGUCAAUCUUCCCUCGAGUCGAUCUGAUCAGUCAGACAUUAGAAGUAUCAGUAGCAGAUUAACCACGCAGACAUUGGAUCCUGAUCAAUUUGAUGCAUUAGCGGAUCAAAUAGCUCAAAGGGUUAAAGCUGAACUCAAUGUGAAGGAUACGCAUAAGAACAAAAGUGAUUACCAUGCAACAGGAAACAGCAAAGUUCAUCAGUCAUCAUCACAAGGCAGAGAUAGUCACUCAGAUCAUCAACUUCAGAGUCAUAUCUGUCAGAUUUGUUCCAGAACAAUGAUUCCCCCCACCCACAGUCCAAUGAUGAUUAUCCCAUGUGGACAUACCUAUUGCAAGUGUUGUAUAGAAGCUCAAGAUCAGUGCCCAACUUGCCUGUGUGAUAUAUCAUCACUUGCAUGUAACAUCAUGCUACAACAAGUUAUAAUGGACUACAGUGAGAAGAAAACAUUGUCAACCAAAGCAAAUGUCAGAAAUUCGAGGUCUCAAUAUAAGCCUAACAAUUACAUAGAGAAGAAAGAUCAUGCUGAGGAAUUCCAAAACCUUUGCAUGAGGUGUGAAGUUCUUCAAAAUGAAGCUGAAUCAAUGGAGAUAAAACUUGAUAUGAUCACUGAAAAAAUAGAAAAAGAGAGGCACCAGCUCCAGAAUAUAGAGACUGAAGAAGCAAAAUUGAUCAAAAAGAGAGAGGAAAUCGACAAUAAAAUCCAAGCGAUUCAGCAUCACAAAGAUGAGUAUCAGUUGGGGAUAGAAAAGUUGGAAAAUGAACAUUUCCAACAGGCAGAUAAACUCUCAUUACUACAAGAGACUCUGCAAAGUCUUCUAAUGCAAAAAGAUAAGAUUAGAAGUAUUGCCCGGAACUAUGACGGAUGAACACUGAACAGUCAGAGGGGAAUUUUGAGAAUCAUGUUACAUAGAACCUUGGAUGGAGUAAUAGUAUACAUGUUGCAUUACUCUGAAGAGUGAGACUACUUGGUAGCUGGCAGUGAGAAUAGAUGAUAUGUGGGACCUUGUAAAGUGAUAACAAAUGUUACCAUCUGGUAAUAUAGUGAGAAUUACCCUUCUUAUGGAUAAUAACAAACUAGUGGAAGUGGACAAUAGGGCUAGAAAAUAUGUGAUGAAAAGUAGAAUUAUUAAGAAAGUACUCUAUGAGCUAUUGAAAUAGCUAUUGAUUAAUGGAAUACUUUUAUCUUGCGGUGCAAGGGAAAGAUGCAAUGCAAUACAUGUAAUUUAGUAAAUCAUAUCAUUUUAUAUGGAGUUUGAUAGCCUUUACUGUAACCUGGGUCAACUUGAUGCUGUUAAGAUUGAGAGACUUGCCAUUUUUACUAGAGUAAUGGCCUCUCCUCGAUUUGGCAGAAUUAAUAACUGAAACUUUCUUGGACAUGAAUAUUCUGUUUAUAAACCUCUCUGCAUCUCCAGCAGUGUGUCAUCUUGUACAGAAUUGAUGAAUCGGCAAAUAAAAGGGGUGCCAUUUUAACUCAAUUUGCAGUAUUUUUAAUAAUAAGUACAUAAAAAAAAAACAGACUUCAGUUUUACAUUCUUAAAUUAAGUUCUAUUCUAACAAUAUAUUUUACUAGUAAAAUGUUGCACA